AUGUUGACAGGUAUCGCCCACAUAAAUCUUACGGUUCCCACGAACUCGCUAGAUGAAGCGGAGGAGUUCUACAGCAAGACUCUUGGUAUGCAGCGCGUCCCGGUUCCCGCUUUACAAAAGGCUUGCUUGAGCCGUGACUCACAAGCAACACUCAGGUUCGACAUCACACCAAACGGUCAGCAAGUCCAUAUCGCCUUCGGCCCAGAUAGUGAGGAAUCUUCUCGCCACCCAUGUUUCCGCGUAGAGUCUCAAGAAGCUCUUCUGAAGCUCCAGAAACGCGUGUUUGAGCAUUUCGAAGCCGGAGGCAAAGGAGCCCCCAAAGCGGCUGAUAAGCCUGGAGCGGAGAACUCAGGCGCAAAAGGGGUAGAGUACCCAAGCAGAUUCUUUGCGAGAGAUUACGCUGGAAACCGACUCGAAUUUAGCGUGUGA